AGGCAAAAGCAUAGUUGCUCAUCAAACCAUUCUCUUGCCACUCACUACCUAUGGCUCCAUUCUCAAACUUCAUUUCCUGCAUUUUCUUAACAACCCUUUUGCUGUCUCUUGAAAUAAUCAAUGCUAGAGAGAGCCAAUUCUUCAGCAAAGUCACCUCUGUCAAAGAAACUGAACAACUUCCAAACAAAGAGUUUCCUUUGAUCAACAACAACAACAAUAAUCCCCAGCAAGAACAACCAUCUUUUGUUCCUGAGACUACUGAGAACAGCUAUGGCCUUUAUGGCCAUGAAACUUUUGAGCAUCACCCUUCCACCACCACCACAAAUUACAAGCCAUACAACACUGAGUUUGAGGACACAAGCAAGUACUACAACAACUAUGACAACCACCAUGAAUUCUCCAACAACAAUGACCAAAAUGAAGAAUUCAUGAACAACAACAAUAACUACUACAACAAAGAUUCUUAUGGCAAUUACCAGAAUGAGUUGAGUGACACAAAGUACACAGAAGAAGGAUACAACUCCAUGGACAACCAUAACAACUACAACAACAAUGCUGGAAGCAAUGGCAACAACAACAACAGGUACAAUCCUGAGAGGCAAGGCAUGAGUGAUACAAGGUUUUUGGAGGGUGGAAAAUACUAUUAUGACCUUGAAUCUGAGAAGUACAACACCAAUAACCAUGGUGAAGCAUACAGAGGAGUAGUGAACAACCACAACAACAACAACAACAAUGACAACUUCAACAAUUACAAUAGUUACAACAACCAAGGAGGCAAUGCCUACCAUGGAAACUACAACUCAAACCAGAACAACAACCAGGAGUUCUUUGAAGAUGAGAUAGAUGACACUCAGCCAUGAAAGUGAACAAUUCACUUUAACUACUGCUGUGUUUUGCUGUCAUGUGUUCUCAAUUGUGCUUUCUCAAAAAAACAAAUACAAAAGUUGAAAGAAAUAGCUUAUUAAUUAACUUAUGGAGAGCUUUUACUCCUUUUUUAUUUUAUUUUAUUUUUGUACUUAAUAUCUUGUGUUCUGGAAUCCCAUUGUCUCUGAAUUGAGCAUCAAGUAAGUAUUAUGCAGGCACAUGUGUAAUUUAAUUUUUGCUUAUAUACCCGCUAAUAAGUUGUAUGAUGUCAAGUAAUUAAGCUUGUUUGUUUGUUUGUU